AUGGCGUUGCCAGGCGACCCCGGGGGCUGCGCGCGCGCGCGGCCCCCCAAUGCCGGCCAGAUGUCAGCGGCGGCGCCUCCCCCGGCCCGCGCGCCCCCCGCAGCCCCUGCCCUAGCGCGCGCCCAGACCUCCCCCCCCGCCCCCCCCCGCGGCGACUCACCCGGCGGGGAGUGGGGGGGACAAGGGGAGCGGCGCCCUCACCGCCGGCCCCUCGCGGCCGCGGCGCCAACUUUGGAUGUGGCGGCGCCGGGCAUGGCGCGGGGGUCGCGGCUGCAGGGCGCUCCGCCGCCGGCACGGGGCCCCCCCGCGCUCCCCGCAGCGGCCCGAGCGCCCGGCAGCCUGAAAUUGUUUCCACUGCAAACAAAAAAAAAAAGGCGACACAUGACCAGGGAGGGGAGGGGAGAGACGGAAAACGUGGGCUGGGCCAGCCGAGACGGGAGAAGCCGCGGAAGGGAGGGAGGGAGGGACAGCGGGGGGGGAGGGAAGGGGCAGGGCGGUGGCCCGGAGCGCGGCCCGGGAGGACCCGGCACCGGCACCCCCGGCAUCACCCACUCGGAGCCGGCACCGGCGUCCCCCGACACCCCCCGCUCAGACUCGGCACCCCUAAGCACCGCAGUCCCCGGCGCCCCCCGCUCGGACACUGGGCGUUGUGGGGUCCCGGCACCCCCAGCUCGGACCCGGCAUUCCCCGCUCGGACCCGGGCGCUGCAGGGUCCCGCCAUCGCUGCUCGGACCCGGCACCGGCACCGCUUGUUCGGACACGGCAUCCCCCGGCAUCCCCUGCUCGGACCCGGCACCGCUGUCGUCGGCGACCCCCGCUCGUAGCUGGGCGCUGCGGGAUCCCAGCAUCCCCGCUCGGCCCCGGCCCCGCCGCCCCCCCUCUUAG